AUGAUAAUACGGUUUUGCCUCCCACUUGCCUCAAAGUCAGCCUCAGCUUAUGAUGAGUUGCGCUCAUCAAAUAUACUAACAUUACCAAGUCGCAGAACUCUAAGAGAUAAUAAGAAUUUCAUUCGACCGAAAGCUGGAUUAAACCCUCCCGUAAUUGAAGAAUUGAAUAAAAUUAGUAUUAACCUAGUUGGCUACCAACGAUAUGUAACGUUAUCUUUUGAUGAAGUAAAAAUACAAGAAAAACUUGUUUUUAAUAAACACACAGAUGACAUUAUAGGUUUUGUAGAUUUAGGUGAACCUGAUUUAUAUUCUACUUUUCAAAAGGAAGAUUCUUUAGUAAGCCAUGUUCUAGUCUACUUCAUUCGAGAAUAUAUAUUUGAUAUUGCUUCUGACUUAAAGUUUGCUUUAUGUCACUUUGCUACUAAAGGUCUCACCUCGUUCCAACUAAUGCCAACUUUCUGGGAAGCAGUUGGAUUUUUAGAACUGCCAUGUAAAUUAUAUGUUAUAGCUGCAGUAUCGGAUGGUGCAGCACCAAACAGAAAGUUCUAUCGAAUGCAUAGUAUGUUUGAUGACAAAUUAGAUUGUAAUGUUGUUCAUCGAUGCAUUAAUAUGUAUGCCCCUGAACGGUACUUAUGGUUUUUUGCUGAUGCUCCUCAUCUCAUCAAAACAGCAAGGAACUGUUUAUAUCACUCAGGAGAUGGCAGGGGUACACGAAGUCUUUGGAAUGAUGGACAACAAUUGAUUUGGUACCAUAUCACAAGAAUAGUCAAUCACAAAAUGAAAAAUGGGUUAAAAAUUAUACCAAAGUUAACACAGGAUCAUAUUAAACUUAGUGCUUAUUCUGUUAUGAAUGUAAGACUUGCAGCCCAGGUUUUAAGUAGUAUUGUCAGUAACAUUUAA